CAAAGGUACAAGGCAGUACAGGAGAAGAUUGGAAAGUGCUUGUUGAUGGAGCUCAAGACCCUUGUUUUCAAGGAGCUGAUGGGAGGACCAGAGAAGAUCAACUUGGUCGACGAACCGGCCGGCCCAUUUCUCACGCUUAGCCUGGGGCCGACGAACGCGACGGGCGCAAGUUGCCGCGCCACAGGAAGGGAUGGCAUCGACGCGAAGCUGCGAGCGCACGCCGGUGACGACGCCACCGCCGAUCUGGCCCUUGGGUUGCGCUGCGACAGCGGCGAGCCACAGGUACUCCGCGCCGUAGUCUCCGGCACCAAGCGUCCGAGGGCGGCAAGCGACGACCACGGUGACAGCAAGAAGGCGCUGCUGCCGCCGCAGGGGAGGCCGGCGGCGGACCGCGUCUCGUUCAGGGCGCGGUGCAGCGCGGCGACGGUGAACGACGGGUGCCAGUGGCGCAAGUACGGGCAGAAGGUGGCCAAGGGCAACCCGUGCCCGCGCGCCUACUACCGCUGCACCGGCGCGCCCGACUGCCCCGUCAGGAAGAAGGUGCAGCGGUGCGCGCAGGACAUGUCCGUGCUGGUCACCACCUACGACGGCGCCCACAACCACCCGCUCACGCCCUACGCCGCCGCGAUGGCGUCCGCCAUCCUCGCGUCGUCGUUGGCAUCUGCGCCGCGGGAUGCGACGGGCACAGCCACGACCGCUGACUGGGGGCGCGCGAACGAGGAAGCGCCGCUGCUGGCGCGGCCCGUGGCCGUGCUGCCGCCGCGAGGCUAUCCGUCGAGCGGCGUCGUGGCUGUCUCCGGCGGCGCGCCGGCCGCGGCGCCGAGCCAGAACGCCGUCCCGAUGGCCAACAUCAUGCAGAAGGCGGUCGCCGACCCCAAGUUCCGGGCGGCGGUGAUGGCCGCCGUCGCGAGCUACGUCGGUGAGCAGUGCGGUGGAAGAAGCAUCAACGACUUGUUGACCUAUUGGCACCUCCCUACUAACCCAUCCGAUGUCAAAUAAACGAGGAGGCUGUAAAAAGUUGUGACAUUGUUGAUUUAUCCCGUUCCAUUUCAUUUGUUCAUUCGUUUACACCUAAUUGAUACUUCUGAUUGUAACAACAUUUUUUUGCGAGUAGAUUGUAACAACAUUUUAAUUGGUUUGUU